AUGAUGAGCGGCGAGAUCGAUGCGCUGUACAUCUACGACGAACAAAAUAGCCCGUUGGUAGAGCAGGUCUAUCGCUCCCGUCCGCCCUCCGCGGCAGCGAUCCUGCCCCUCUACCUUGACCAUCCGGCCCCCCGCCCCUCGCUUCUAUACCUCCCUAGUGCGUCACCGCCGGUCACCGUGUUCUCGAUCGUCCAGUCCAACUUGCUGUUUCUCGCGCUUUCCGAAAUCGACACGGAACCUCUGCUGGUGUUGGAGUUCCUGCACCGCGUUGUUGAUAUACUCGAGGAUUUCGUGGGUGCACCUCUUCUCUCGCCCAAGGUGCAGGCAAACUACGAUGUGGUUGCACAGCUUCUCCAUGAAAUGUGCGAUGCGGGCAUCGUAUGUAACACGGAGUCCAAUGCCAUACAGGAGGUGGUAGAAAUGCCGGGAUGGAUGGGGAAGCUGUUGGGAGGUGUUGGGUUACCGGGCUCGUCAACACCUAUUUUAGGACCCUCCAACCCCCUCAAGCAAUCGUUAGCCGCCAAUGCCGCCGCCCAAGGCCCGGCAAUCCCGUGGCGGAAAUCCGGCGUACGACAUACCUCCAAUGAACUAUACGUGGAUAUCAUUGAGUCUCUGUCGGUGACGAUGGCACCGUCGGGACGAUUAUUGUCGGCCUUGGUUUCCGGCACGAUUGCUUUCACGGCCAAGAUCUCCGGCGUUCCCGACCUCCUACUGUCCUUGACAACUCCGGGUGGACAACAGGGCAUCGCGCGCAAGGUCGACCUUCCCGUAUUCCAUCCCUGUGUGCGACUGGCCAGGUGGAGAGAACGACCCGGGGAGCUCAGCUUCGUGCCUCCGGACGGACAAUUCAUUCUCGCUGGGUACGAAGUGGAUCUCCUUCCCAUAGAUGCGAGCCUCGACCAGGCCCCCAACCACAUGGAGAAGAUCUUCCUCCCUGCGUCGGUGGACAUUCGCAAGUCGCUUGGCACAGCCGGAUCCGAAUUCGAAGUCCGGCUUCUCCUCAACACCAACUUCCCGGGUCAGUCCUCCAGCAACCGGCCAGGUGUAGGACGGGGUGGAUCCGGUACCUCGACGCCGUCGUUCCUCGGAGGCGGAGGGAAUUCCUCGGGCCCGGUCCUCGAAGAAGUCGUGGUUUCGGUGCCUAUCCCGAAGCUCGUCCGAAACAUCACAGACAUGCAGGCCAGUCGCGGCGACGCCGUGUUCUCGCCCAACAGCCACACCCUCGAAUGGCGUGUCCCGACCAAAGACGCGGGCACCGUGUCUGGCACCGCAGUCCUCCGAUGCACCGUCGUAGGUCAUCAACCCGUCGACGACGACCUCGACGAGGAUGUUGAAGACGCCGAUCAGGACGCCAACCUCCUCCAGGGCUACUACGACGCCUCCGCCUCCACCUCCUACCAGAACGCCGAAACCGACACCACGAAACGAAAGACCAAGAAGAAGAAAAAGAAGAAGGUCAAGAAGUCCUCCCGCGCCGCCGCCGCCGCCAACACCCUCCCCCCCCUCUCCACCUCCGAUCCAGACAACCAGACCCCGGAUCCUGACUCCUCGCAACAACCACAAGAAGCACCCGAACUCCAGCCUGAGACCUCAGCAUCCCAACAAGACCCUGGCUCCUCAUCGUCCCAUCUCCCUCUCCAGCCCCCUCCUCCCCCACAAGACCAAGACUCGAUCUUCCACACCGCGCCCCGCAAGACCAAAUCCCAACUCAACACCAACCUAAUGCCCAACUCCGCCUCCGUCUCUUUCUCCGUGCGCGGCUGGCUCCCCUCCGGCAUCAAAGUCGAUAGCCUGAACAUCGACCCGCGCCGAAGUCGCGGUCUCGGCGAGGGUGUGAAACCCUACAAGGGCGUCAAGUACCUGUGUGUGAGUCGCAAGGGAGUUGAACGAAGAUGCUAG